AUGUCUUCAAUUGAUAAAUUAUCCGUCAGUACUAUUAGAGGUUUAGCUGUUGAUGCCGUCAAUGCCGCCCAAUCAGGUCACCCAGGUGCUCCAUUGGGUUUGGCUCCAGCUGCCCACGCUUUAUUCAGAAAGAUGAACUUUAACCCACAAGAUCCAAAAUGGAUCAACAGAGAUAGGUUUGUUUUAUCCAAUGGUCAUGCUUGUGCUUUGUUGUAUUCAUUGUUGGUUUUAUACAAUUACGAUUUAUCUGUCAAUGAUUUGAAGCAAUUUAGACAAUUAAACUCCAAGACCCCAGGACAUCCUGAAAGAUUGGACACUCCAGGUGUUGAAGUCACCACUGGUCCAUUGGGUCAAGGUAUUUCUAAUGCUGUUGGUAUUGCUAUUGCUCAAAAGCAAUUUGCUGCCACUUACAACAAGCCAGAUUUUCCAAUUUCUGACUCCAAGGUUUACUCAUUUGUCGGUGAUGGUUGUUUGAUGGAAGGUAUUUCUUCUGAAGUUUCUUCAUUGGCUGGUCACUUGCAAUUGGAUAACUUGAUUGCCUUUUGGGACGACAAUAGAAUCUCAAUUGAUGGUGACACUGCUUGUGCUUUCACUGAAAAUGUCCCAGAGAGAUACAAGGCUUAUGGAUGGAAAGUUUUGGAAGUCCACGAUGCCAACACCAACAUUGAAGCCGUUUCUGAUGCCAUUGAUGAAGCAAAGAAGAUUAAGGGUUCUCCAGUCUUGAUUAGAUUGGUCACCACCAUUGGUUACGGUUCCGAAAUUGCUGGUACCGGAAAAGUUCACGGUGCUCCAUUGCAAGCUGACGAUCUUAAGCACUUGAAAAAGAGUUGGGGAUUUGAUGCUGAUGAAGCCUUUUUCAUCCCUGAUGAAGUUUCUAAAUACUUUGCUGAAAAAGUUGAGGAAAACAAGAAGGUGCAACAAGCUUGGCAAAAAUUGUUUGACGAAUACAAGGCCAAGUAUCCAAAGGAAGGAGCUGAAGUUCAAAGAAGAUUGGAUGGCAAGUUACCAGAUGGCUGGAAGAAGGCUUUGCCAACUUACACUUCGAAGGACAAGGCUGCUGCCACGAGAAAAUUAUCAGAAAACGUUCUUGACGCUUUGUACCCAAUCAUUCCUGAAUUGGUUGGUGGUUCUGCUGAUUUGACUGGCUCCAACUUGACCAGAGCUGCUGGCUCUAUUGAUUUCCAACCACCUUCAACCGACUUAGGUGACUAUGCCGGUAGAUAUAUUAGAUAUGGUGUUAGAGAACAUGGUAUGGCUGCCAUUAUGAAUGGUAUCGAUGCUUUUGGUGCCAACUACAGAAACUACGGUGGUACUUUCUUGAACUUUGUUUCAUAUGCUGCAGGUGCCGUCAGAUUAUCGGCUUUGUCUCACCACGGUGUAUUUUUCGUUGCCACACAUGAUUCUAUUGGAUUGGGUGAAGAUGGACCAACCCAUCAACCUAUUGAAACUUUGGCCCACUUGAGAGCUAUUCCAAACAUGUCGGUAUGGAGACCUGCUGAUGGUAAUGAAGUUUCAGCAGCUUACAUUUCCGCCAUUGAAGGUGUCCACCACCCAACUGUUAUUGCUUUGACUAGACAAGGUGUCCCUCAUUUGGAACACUCUAGCAUUGAAAAGGCAUUGAAGGGUGCUUACUCUGUAUGGCCACAAGACAAGCCAGAUAUUCUUAUUGCUUCAUCUGGUUCCGAAGUUUCCAUCUCCAUUGAUGCUGCUAAAGAAUUGGAAAAGAAGGGUAUUAAAGCUGGUGUUGUUUCCGUCACUGAUUUCUUGACCUUUGACAAGCAACCAAUUGAAUACAGAUUGGAAGUAUUCCCAGACAAUGUUCCAAUCUUGUCUGUUGAAGUUUUGUCAUCUUUUGGAUGGUCUAAAUAUUCCCAUGAACAAUUUGGUUUGAAUAGAUUUGGUGCUUCUGGUAAGGCUGGAGAUUUGUACAAAUUCUUCCAAUUUACUCCAGAAGGAAUCGCCAAGAGAGCUGAACAAACUGUUAAGUUCUACGAAGGAAAGAAGAUCUAUUCUCCAUUGCACACUGCUUUUGAAGAAUUGGGAGCAUAG